GCGAGGACUUCGUGGACUUCCUCACGAACUUGGACAAUCCCCAAGUGCGGGGGAUUGUCGCGAACAACAGCGCCGUCGCAACAGCUGCGGCCAUUGAAGGUGGCGAUUUCUUUUUUUGCUCGCGUGGGCUCUUCUCCCAAGCGACCAUUGAAGGUGGCGAGGACGGGGACCGGUCCGUGAGCUCCGCACUCAUCAUGGCCACGCUUGCCCACGCU